GGAAAGAUGGCGUCCUCUAACAAUCCUCGCAAAUUUAGCGAAAAAAUCGCUUUGCAUAAUCAGAAACAGGCUGAGGAAACUGCUGCGUUUGAAGAAGUGAUGAAAGACCUGAACAUCACCAGAGCUGCGCGGUUGCAGUUACAGAAGACCCAGUAUUUGCAACUAGGGCAGAAUCGUGGACAGUACUAUGGAGGCUCACUGCCCAAUGUCAAUCAGAUUGGAAAUGGCAACAUUGACCUGCCUUUUCAGAACUCGGUGCUGGAUACCAGUCGGACAACCAGGCACCACGGGCUGGUGGAGCGUGUUUACCGUGACCGGAACCGCAUCACGUCUCCUCACCGCCGGCCGCUGUCAGUGGACAAACAUGGUCGCCAGAUUGACAGCUGUCCUUACAGCUCAGUUUACCUCUCCCCACCGCCAGACACUAGCUGGAGAAGGACAAAUUCGGACUCUGCCUUACACCAGAGCGCCAUGAAUCCGAAGCCCCAGGAGGUGUUUGCUGGGGGAUCGCAGGAGCUGCAGCCUAAACGAGUACUGCUGCUAACAGUGCCUGGGACGGAGAGCUCGGAGUCGAAUGCAGACAAGGAUGCGCAGAAACAGUUGUGGGAUGACAAGAAGGAUGAUUCAUCAAAGCCCAACACAUGUGAUGUCCCGGGAAUCAAUAUUUUCCCAUCACCAGACCAGGAGUUGAACCCGUCCGUACUCCCUGCUGCACACAACACCGGUGGUUCACUGCCUGAUCUGACCAACAUCCAGUUCCCUCCUCCACUGUCCACCCCACUGGACCCCGAAGACACCGUGGCCUUCCCCUCCCUCAGCUCGUCCAACAGCACGGGCAGCCUGACCACCAACCUCACCCACCUUGGCAUCAGCGCUGCCAGCCAUGGGAUCCCCACCUCCUCUCAGCCCACUAUGACUGUAACGGCACAGCGCAGGCAACCACCUGUUGUGCCGCUUACCCUCACCUCUGACCUCCAUCUCCAGCAGUCCCCACAGCAGCUUUCACCCACCCUCUCCUCACCUGUUAACAUCACACAGGCUGUGCCAACAGAGUCAUUGACCCUGGAGCAGCAGCUCUCCCAGUACCCCCUGUUCAACCAGCUGACGGCCCAGGCCCAGGCCCAGCUGCUCAGUGACCUCCAGAAGCAGCAGCAGGCUCUGCCGCAGGGCAUCCAGCUCAUCACCUUACCGACUCUGGCCUCGCCUGGUACCACCGCCACUGCCAGCAGCCCCUCCCCUGACAGCCAGAGCCAGACCACCGCCAGCAUCAGUAUCGGCUCGUACCGCAAUCAGACUGGCUCACCAGCCACUCAGUCUCCAACCUCCCCAGUCUCCAAUCAAGGCUUCUCCCCCGGCGGCUCGCCUCAACACAUUCCCGUGGUGGGCAGUAUAUUCGGCGACUCCUUCUAUGAUCAGCAGUUGGCUUUGAGGCAGACCAAUGCGCUCUCUCACCAGCUGGAGCAGUUCAACAUGAUCGAGAACCCCAUCAGCUCCACCAGCCUUUACAACCAGUGCUCCACCCUCAACUAUACGCAGGCAGCCAUGAUGGGCCUCACCGGGAGCAGCCUACAGGACUCGCAGCAACUCGGCUACAGUAGCCAUGGCAACAUCCCCAACAUCAUCCUAACAGUCACAGGUGAGUCUCCGCCGAGCCUCUCCAAAGAGCUCACCAACUCUCUGGCGGGCGUCGGGGAUGUCAGCUUUGACGCAGACUCUCAGUUCCCUCUGGACGAGCUGAAGAUCGACCCACUUACUCUGGACGGAUUGCACAUGCUCAAUGACCCCGACAUGGUGCUUGCUGACCCGGCCACCGAGGACACGUUCAGGAUGGACAGGCUGUAACGGGAGAAGCUGGCUGUGGCUGAGAACAAGAAGAAAAAAAACACACUAACUUGUGGAUGGAGAGAAACAAAGGGCCGGAUGAACCCUCUCCCUCGUUGCAUGGCCGUCCAGCUGUCCGACCUCGCCCUCGACUCCGUGAAGCCCUUUGAAAUGAUGCGCCACCAAAAGACAACAGGGAAAAAGACAUCCAGUGGCUUGCCGGGGAAUGGCCUCGCUGUCGUUUUGAAUGAGAUUCGUCGCUCAGCGCUUUCGCUAGCCUGCUGUGUUUACAGUGUACCAUUACAUGCCACAUAUAUUCCAAAAACGCACAUUUGACUUUGUUUUUUUCUUUUCAUAUCCACUUUAAUAUUUGUUUUGUUGAUAUUUGCUCGUAGCAGGAAGCUGCUAGGACAUUGGGCUAAACCGUAACCGUCAUAACGGCUGUGUUAAAAAAACAAACAGAAGAAGAAAAACACGACAGCCGGUUUGCUGGUACCCUGCAAUCAAAUGAAUCGGUUUUCCCAUCAUGCCGUAACGGCUUUCUAUUUCACACUUAAAGCUUUAUUUUUGAGAACCAAAUGUUAUUUUCAUCAUGUACUGUAUGUUUUGAUGCUUUGUGUAUUUACAUGUUCUAUUUAUUUAUUUAGUUGAGGAUUUUAUAUUCCAUUUCAUAAUUUAAAUUUGAUGCCAAAAUGCUCUCUGUAGGCAUAGUGUAAAAUUGCACUGAUGUAAUUUGUGUCUAUUUAUUAAUUACUAACAUAUUUAUAUAUGUGUUUGUUAAGCUACUUGGUUAAUGAAGGAGUGCAAAACCUC